AUGGAUUUUGCUUGGAAAUCUAAUCAAGGUAUUGGAGUUGAUGUGCAUGUCCAUCGUAUUUCACAUCGUCUUGGUUGGCUACCAUAUGAUACAAAAACACCAGAACAAACACGAUUAGCACUUGAAUCUUGGGUACCACGAGAUUUAUGGAAUCAAAUCAAUCAUAAUAUGGUUCGUUUUGGUCAAACACAAUGCCUUCCAGUUCAUCCACGAUGCUCAACUUGUUUAAAUAGAAAUAUAUGCCCAGCGAGUACUAGUAAAGAUACAACAAAAAGAUUAAAACAAAAUUAA